CAUUUCCCCUUUCACCGUAUCCACACUCCUUCUUCUCUACCUUCUUUCUCCCUUUCUUCUCUUCCCUACUUCCCUCUUCUUCCUCUCCUCUUCUCUUUCCUUCACUACUCUCCUCCCCUAAAGCACAAAUUCUAAGGACAUUUUGAGGCUGUUUUUUUGAGCAGGUUGUAGAAUAAGCUGAUGACGAGAAGGUUGCCUUGCAUAAUUUUAAAAUGCUUAUCCAAAGUAGCAUUGGGGUCCCAGGAAACCUGGAAUUCUUGUGGCCUUGCAGCCUCCAGAAAGCGUAAGAAAGAGCAGCCCUUUUCACACAUGCUCUGCCCCAUCUGACCUCUCUCAUCUUCCACUGAGAUUUCCUACUCACAAGUAUCCAUUGUUCCCUGUUGGACUUUUAUCUUGCUGGUUUCUUCUACGUUGGCUUAUCUUUUUGAAUCCGGAUUCUAUCUUCAUUAUUUUGUAUCCUCAACAAAUAAUCCUAUUUUCUCCUCCCACCUUCAAGUUAUUUACAGAUUAAAUUCAGCAUUACUGUCGGCAUCUGAGCUUUUUUCCUGUCUUUCUUCACGAGACGAGUGGAGGAUGUGGCCAACAGCUCCACAGAAGAAAAGGGACGUUCUCGGAUCGAGGGCCACAAAUCUUUCGCAGGGAUUCCAUUCUAGAGAAUUUGGAAAUCGUGGUCUGGAUGGAGAAGCAGCUUCCUGCACGAAGGGCCAAUCGGUCAGGCUGUGAAACCGGUCAGUGCGACAGUCAUCCCUGGCCUUGACUCAGAGGGGGAACAAGUGACCCAGAGACCUCUUAGUUGUAACUUUAAAGUGGAUAAAAUAUUUGUGACCAAGAUUCACCUGCAAGCCAACUAUCAACAGACGGUAGAAAAUCAGAGCAAAGCAACGGCUGCCAGAAAGGAUGGAGCCUGGAAAACUCUUGGAUCCCCCGUCAGACACAGGCAGCACUCCGGAAAACCACAAAAAAACCCAUGAAUGCUCAGAGUGUGGGAAAUCCUUUGCUCAACGGUCCCUCCUUUUGACCCACAGGAAGUUCCAUGUGGGAAGCGGAUCCAGUGAAGGUUUGGAGGGGGGGAAAUCCUUCUCUGGAAAAGACGCCAGAGAUCUUAGAAGCUCCCCCAGACUAAAGCCCUAUAAAUGUGAGGAAUGUGACUUAUGCUUUGGUCGAAAAUCACACCUUCUUAGACAUCAGAAAAUCCACACUGGAGAGAAAACUUACCAGUGUCUGGAAUGUGGGAAGUUUUUCUGUCGAAAAACCACUCUCAGAGACCACGAGACAAUUCACACCGGGGAGAAACCUUACAAGUGCUGGGAAUGCGGGAAGAGCUUUUCUCGGGAUGCAAAUCUUUGGCGCCAUGAGAAGAUUCAUGCAGGAAUAAAAUCUUACAAAUGCUUUGAGUGUGGAAAAUGUUUUGCCCACAACUCGGCUCUUUGGAGUCAUGAGAAAACGCACAGGGGGCAGAAAAAUGAAAAGUGCCUCGAAUGUGGGAAAUGUUUUACCUGGAAAUCAAACCUGGUGCAACAUCAGAGACUUCACACCGGAGAGAGACCCUAUGUAUGCCCAGAGUGUGAGAAACAAUUUAUGUAUUCUUCUGGACUUCGGAGACACCAGAAGAGGCACAAAGGAGAGAAACCCUAUCAAUGUGGGGAGUGUGGGAAAGGUUUUAUUUCGCCGGGGGAGUGUCAGGAUCAUGAGAGAAUCCACACGGGGGAGAAACCAUUCAAAUGUGGAGAGUGUGGGAAAUGCUUUACCCAAAAACAAAGCCUUGGAAGCCAUCACAGGGUCCAUACAGGAGCGAAGCCGUACAGAUGCACAGAAUGUGGAAAAUGUUUUGUUCAAAAGGGAGCCCUUUGGAUACAUCAUAAAACCCACACAGGGGAGAAGCCAUAUCGAUGCAUAGAAUGUGGAAAAUUUUAUCGUACCGUAUCAACCCUUACAAAUCAUAUGAAAAUUCACACCGGGGAAAAAAACCACAAAUGUUUAGACUGUGGGAGAGCAUUUGCUCGGGCAACUCUCCUCAGAAACCACAGCCGAAUUCAUACAGGAGAGAAGCCCCACAAAUGCUCGGAGUGUGAUAAAUGUUUUUCUCAAAAAAAUACUCUUUUGAAGCAUCAGCGAACCCACACUGGAGAAAAAAACAUAUAAAUGUCUGGAGUGUGGGAAAUGUUUUGCCCAGUCUUCAGCUCUUCACAGGCACACCAGAAGUCACACAGGGGAGUGGCCUUACAAGUGUGCAGAGUGUGAGAAUCCUUUUCCUUGUAAAUCAAAGCUAAAAAUACAUCAGAAAGUCCACAGCAGCGAUAAAACCCUUGAGUCACAAAGAAUGAGGGAAACAUCUUUUUCAAAAGUCACAUCUUAACCGUUCACCAGGAACUUUACACAGUCACAGAAGGGAAAUCGUACAGUUGUUUGGUGUGGGGAAAAUGCUUUUCCUAGUCAAGUAACCUUAAGUAUCAUAAUCAAGCAAAAGUGCAUAAAUGUUGGAGUGAGUUUUCGCUCACAAAGCAGCAGCAGUAGUAACUUACCAGAGUCAUUACACAAGACAAAAUAUUUACCAAUAUUAGGGGAGUCUAGUUAAUGUAUUACAGAGUCCUCGAUUUAUCAACUCAAUUGGGAAAGCGUUUGUUACACUCAUAACUGAAGGCACUCAUAUGACGAGACCUGAUUUUAUGAUUAUUUUUGUGCUCGUUAAGCAAAUCACUGCAGCGAUAAGUAUAAAGCCAUUCUUCCAAAUCUGGUGGUUGUUGUUUUUUUUCACUAAAAACUGCAAAAAAAAGUAUGGCAGAAAUUAGCAAAAGACACUGCAAAUCAUGAUCCCUUAGUUGCAAGAUAAUGCAACUGGUUAUUAAAGCCAGCCGGUUCCCAAGCGCCCAUAAUUUAGCCACGAAACCUUUGGGAACAGGGACACCAUUUUAAAAUAGCCAGAAUUUUUUUAUGGGCCAUUAAGGCUUGUGGUAAUUUUCCAACGGUGGUUCUGUGAUGUCAUAGUCCAGGACUAUCAAAUGAAAUCUGGAUAAACUUUGGAGGACUCACAAAAGGGGGUCAUUGUUGAAAUGCUUGGAAUACUGUAAAAUACUGACCUCAUUGAGACCUUUGGAGGCCCCAAAGAAUCCACAAGAAAUGAAACUGUGCAUUUGGUGUGUGGGAAAUAUUUUUCUGGAAUAUCUACCUGGGUCUGCAGGUAUAAAGGCCCUUAAGAGAAACCCUCCAUGUGCUCGGACUACUGGACACUUUCCGGGUGACAAACCACAUCAGAUCUUGGUGUGUGGAAAAUCUGUUCCUUGAACUGUUCUCAUAUAUUUGUGAGUCCGCACAGAAAGGAGCCUUAGAAAUCGUUGUAGCAUAGAAAAAGUUUUAUCUUGAAAUCCUGUUUUUUUUUUUAAUUCAGUCCAUUGUGGAGCCUUAAUAAAAGGAUUUUCACUAUCCUACAGCAUGUUGUUAAUUUCUCCAGAGUGCCUUCUUCCUCCAUUGUUCACCACAGUGGUGAAUAAUGCUGAGGGUUUAGCUGACUUCCUGGGCUGAAAGGGAAUUAUAGUUUAAGGUCCCCCCUCUGACUCUGGGGCAUCAAAGCUCCAAAGCAU